AUGGAGACGAUGGAAAUCGAAUCUGGAUCCUUCGACGACUUUGACCAGUAUAAUGUGGAAUAUAAAGGAGAAGUACUAUACAUUGAGUCCAAAGACUGGAGAAAGAGUAAUAGUCUUAAAUUUCAAAUCGUUGUUGUGCUUUGUCUCUUCACACUCUUCGGGCUUGGUGACCAAGCGGUUGGAGCGUUGAUUCCGAUAUUCCAGAAGCAUUAUCACGUGUCUGAUCUACAAGCCAGUUUUCUUUUCCUCAGCGCCAUCACUGGGUAUAUUCUAAUGGGAUUGCUUAACGGUAUUAUCCACGAGAAAAUCGGGUUGAGGGGGAUUCUUAUUAUCGGAACCGUCUCCUUAUGCACCGGGUUUGGUGUGUUUAGUACUGCCCCUCCGUUCUGGGUGAUGGUGGUAUUUGCGCUGUUCACCGGAACUGGCUGCGGAGUUCUUGAUGCUGCGUGCAAUUCAUGGGUGGGAGGCUUGAUCGACUCCAACCAGAUCUUGGGAAUACUUCAUGGGUGCUAUGGACUUGGGUGUUUGAUCUCUCCAAGCUUGAUUUCGAAUUUGCUUGAAAGAAAGAUCAAUCCCUGGAAAUGGAACCAAUACUACCGAUUAUUGUUUUGGCUUGCCUUGGUGAUGUUUGGGGUAUCGUCAUUCGUGUUCCGUCGUGAAACGGCCAAGAAGUACCUGUACGUAUUUGAUUUGAAGGUCGGUAAAAUAGGAAAAGAUGGGUAUGAGUUGUCUUCUGCAAAUGAUGAACUUGAGGAGGACGACCUAGAUAAGUUUCAAAAUGCCAGUUUAGGAGAUUCUCUCAAGUCAAAGUUGGUUUGGACGUUCUCUUUGUUUUUAUUCUUGUAUGUGGGAGGUGAAGUGGCUUUCGGAUCGUGGUUAAUCAGUUACCUCUUGAGAGUCACCAAGGUGAGCUACAAAAUGAGCUCACAUAUUGCAACCAGUUUUUGGACAGGGUUGAUGGUGGGCAGAACGGUGCUAGGGUUUGCUACGGCCUACUACUUUAAUACCGAACUUACGGCCAACUUGACAUAUGCAGUGGGCUCUGUGAUGGGUUUUAUCGUAUUUUAUGCCAUAUCAUUUACUACAUGGCACUGGCUUUUUUUUGUUAUAGCGUUUGUCACAGGUGUUUGUGUGGGCCCUAUAUUCCCCACUACCAUCGUAAGCGCCAUAGGAAUUCUUCCCACCAAGUACCACACUUCGGGUGUUGGUUUCAUCUGUGCCUUUGGUGGAGGAGGAGCUGCCGUAGUACCAUUUUUGGUUGGACUCGUUGCUAAUUCAAGUAAAACCGGGUUAAAGUUGUUCCCGUUGAUUAUCUUACUUGACUUUUUGUUCUUGGGCACCUGGUGGUUGUUAAUCACCAAAAAAUUCUUGCCUACUUAUGUAAGACCAUAA